GAAUCUGAUAAGAUUUAUUUCACAUUUCCUCUUGCAAAUCAUAGGAAAACCUACACUCACGCCUACUGUCAGAGCACCAUGCUGGAUACAAAUAGUUGGAUUUUUGGCUGCAUAAACAGCACAUCUAUGUGCCGGCAGGGGGUUGAUUUAUCAUGGAAAGCUGAGCUGCUGCCAACAAUUAAGUCUCUGACGUUACGACUCCAGGACUAUCCAUCCCUGUCCCAUAUUGUUGUCUACGUACCAUCUGUCCAUGGAAGUAAGUUUGUCGUAGAUUGUGAAUUCUUUAAAAAAGAAACAAGAUCCAUACAGCUUCCUGUAACUCACCUUUUUUCCUUUGGAUUGUCUUCAAGGAAGGUGAUACUAAAUAUGAGUGGCCUGUACUACAAUAUAGAGCUUCUGAACUUUGGGCAGAUAUACCAAGCGUUUAAAGUCAACGUGGUAAGCAAGUGCUCUGGAGGCAAAGAAGAAAUAACUAGUAUCUAUAAACUUCAUAUCCCCUGGUCUUAUGAAGAUUCACUCACCAUUGCACAGGUUCCAUCUUCCACAGAAAUUUCUCUGAAGCUUCAUGUUGCUCAGCCGGAAAAUGACAGCCACGUGGCAUUGUUAAAAAUGUACACGUCAUCUGACUGUCAGUAUGAGGUGACAAUUAAGACUUCCUUCCCACAAAUACUUGGACAGGUAAGAGAAACUCCAUGCAAGUUGGUUGAUUACUUAUUGCCUUGUGAUUUUGUAGGGAUUUCAGUCUUUUUCUGUAAACCA